AUGGAGGAACUGGCCCGGGAGAGCAUCAGCCUGCUGGCCCGCUCUGCGUCCCACUCCGACCCGCCUCGGCUCGGCUCGUUUGGCGCCGUGUUCAUCAUGCUGAAGUCGGCGCUGGGAGCCGGACUUCUCAACUUCCCCUGGGCCUUCCAGAAAGCGGGAGGAGUGACCACCGCCAUCAGUGUGGAGCUGGUAUCUCUGGUAUUCCUCAUCAGCGGUCUGGUCAUCCUCGGCUACGCGUCGUCCGUCAGCAGACAGAAGACGUAUCAGGACGUGGUGAGAGAGGUGUGUGGACAAGCCGUGGGUCAACUCUGCGAGGUCUGUUUCUGCUUCAACCUCUUCAUGAUCAGCGUGGCCUUCCUGGUGGUGGUGCAGGACCAGCUGGAGAAACUGUGUAUUUCUUUGUAUGAGACGGUGACCGGGUCGAGUGAGGGGGAGAUGCCGUAUCACUGGUACACUGACCAGCGAUUCGCCCUCUUCAUCAUGUGCCUCGUCAUCAUCCUACCGCUGUCCAUCCCAAAGGAAAUCGGUAUCCAGAAAUACACAAGUGUGUUGGGGACGUUGGCUGCUACGUAUCUGUGUGUGGCAGUGAUCGUCAAAUAUUACCUGAUGGACAGUCACACUGCCGUUAUAACUCCAGAGCACAGCCAAGGUGUGAGCUCAUGGGCAUCAAUGUUCAGCGUCGUACCAACCAUUUGCUUUGGCUUCCAGUGCCAUGAAGCCUGCAUAGCAAUCUACAGCAGCAUGGAGAACCAGAAGCUCUCCCACUGGGUGGUCAUCUCUGUGCUCUCCAUGUUCUUCUGUUUACUCAUCUACACUUUAACCGGCGUGUACGGCUUCAUGACGUUUGGACGAGCCGUCGCCUCAGAUAUUCUGAUGUCGUAUCCAGGAAAUGACGUGGUCAUGAUCAUCUCCAGACUACUUUUUGGAAUAUCAAUCAUCACCAUCUAUCCCAUCAUUCUUCUUCUGGGGAGGUCUGUCGUCCUGAACCUGAUGUUGAGGGUUCAAAGACGUCGCAGAGGAAUCGUCACUCAUUCGUUUGAGAGCCGCUGCAGAGUCGCUCUGACUGUGGUCUGGAUCACUUUUACUCUCCUUAUCGCAAUGUUCGUCCCGGACAUGGGGCAGGUCAUCAGUGUCAUUGGAGGAAUCAGCGCCUUCUUCAUCUUUAUCUUUCCUGGUCUUUGCUUGAUGUUCACGAUGCAAUCUGACAACAUCUCUCCAAGAGUCAGGGCCAUUUCAACCGUCUGGGGAGUCGUAACAAUCGUAGUUGGAACCUUCAUCUUCGGACAGAGCACAACCAUCGCUGUGAUGGAGAUCUUCCAGAAUUUCUAA